CCGUCAUUCAUUUCUGUGAGAUACGUUUUCUUUUAAGCCUUGAUUUUUUACCUUUCUACUCCGUAUCUCCUGCUUCAAUCACCACCGCCGAUUCGCUUAAAAAAACAUCCGUCAACCUCCAUCAACACCACCGCCACUCACCCUCUCAUCUUUCUACGCGCACCCCCACACUCACCAUCGCACCCUCUCUCUACCACUGUUUGCCGCCAUAUGCUGCAAGAGGAUGAAGACAUUUGUAUAAUGGAAAGUUCGUCGGAUUUCAAUCUAUCUCUGUCGUCGUCAACAAUGGAGGGACGUCCAAAUUGGCUGAAAUUGCCUGAAGAACUAAUGGCAAAUAUACUUCAAAGAUUGAGUUAUUUAGAGAUACUCAAAAGCGCAUCAAAAGUAUGCACAACUUGGAAGAAAAUCUGCAAAGAUCCGGCGAUGUGGAAGGUCAUCGAUAUGCGAAAACAGGAGGUUUAUCGUUGGAGUAUGAAUUUCCAUAUUGAGACUUUGAUUACGAAGUUAGUUGAUCUCAGACACACAUCAACCUACACACCUCCCAAGCCUACAAGACACUCACUUUUAGUUGCUGGGCAAUCAGGAAUGGCGGUGGCAAAAAGAACGGUGUGGUUUUCGGUUUCAGCUUCAGACAUCGGAAACCGUUGA